AAACUGUCAAUUUUCGUAUAAAUGUCAAAUAUGACUUUUUAGUUUCUAAUGGGAUCUUUAUCCAGUAAAGUAGUUCGUGCAUCUAAAAUGGCGAGUUCCACGGAAAUUAAACAAUUCAUCAAAGAAGCAAUUUCGCAAGAAAAAGUUGUAGUUUUCUCUAAAACGUACUGUCCCUAUUGUACGUUAGCCAAAGAUGUGUUUAGUAAGAUCAAACAGCCGAUUAAGGUGUAUGAACUAGAUCAGCGAGAUGAUGGACCGGAAAUCCAAGAGAACCUUGCUCAAAUUACUGGCUUUAGGACUGUACCACAAGUCUUCAUUAACGGCAAUUGCAUCGGAGGAGGUUCGGACGUGAAAAGUCUAUACGAUUCUGGAAAACUGGAGCCAAUGUUAAUUGGAUAAAUUAAAGCUAUUGAAGAAAUUAAACAAUAAUUGUUGUUGUCAAAUUAUAUAAAAUGCUACUUAUAAAUAAUUUAAAAGUUGCUUAUUUUUUUAUGUGAUAAAACAGCUAUUAUUUGCUGUAUUGCAAA